UUAUCAAAAUUUGUUUUCUAAAGCCUUGUCACACUCAUAUUUUUCUACAUUUUAAAUUAGAUUGAUUUUAAAAGCAAUCAUUUUAAGCACUUUUUUAUAUUUACUUUGGGCAAUAGAAUUGCUUCGUCGGAGAAGAUGUUGCCGGGCAAUUCAGUCGACAUUCGAAGGAGGCAAAUUGAUACAUUGAAAAUUUUCAACAACAAUGUGACUGAAAUCAAAGCAAAUGAAGAGUAUUCCGUAGGUUUUAAGUCUGACGAUCGACAAAUGCUGUUGAAUGUAUUCCUCGGCCCAAAAUUUCCAAAUGAAAAACCGAAAAUUGUCAUUUCACCAAAAAUACAGCAUGAAUGGAUUGCUGAUUUUUCCAGUGGCGAAAUACAAACCGCACCAGGCCUUUUGAAUUAUACAUUGCAUCAAGAUCUGGGACGUGUUGUUCAAGCGAUUAUUCGUGAGUUUGAAAAAUUUCCUCCAGCACUUUGGCCAAAUGGAUCCGCAAUGCCACAAUCGACACAGUCCAAUUUACCAGAACCAAAUAAGUCGUCCAUACCAGAAUUGUGUAAUUUAUCGAAAGAAGAACUUCAAAAACUCGACAAAGAUCCGCAAUAUUUAAGUGAUUUUGUUGACGAAAUGGCGAUUAUACAGCGACUUCACAACGACUUGGACACAAUAAUCGAAGACGUUAAAGUGGUGGCCACUGAAAAUUUAACCAGAGAACAACACAUGCAGCAACUACGAUCGGCUAUCGAAGAGAUGCUCAAUGAAUUCCGAAAAUUGGGCGGUUCAUAUGAAUCAUUGAGUGCGCGUUAUCAGAAGAAAUCGGAAGAGUUUGCACCACAACAUAUAAAGGAAUUACUACAAAUUGCAGCGUCAAAUGCAGAUGGUAUCUGUGAUACGUACGUCCAACAAUUUCUGAAUGGCUCAGUAGACGUACAGCAAUUUCUAGAUCAGUAUCGAGAAGCUAAACAAAUUAGUGCAAUGCGAAAAGCAAAAGAAGAACGAUUAACACAUCAACUAAAUGAGUUGGAACGGGCCACUUUUUGAACUUUUGAUCUUUGACCAAGUAUAAAAUCGAAAAAAAAAACGUUUUAAACGAUUCAAUAAAAAUAUUUUACUCUAUGAGCUUAAAAAGUUUGCAUAAUAAAUAGCCUAAUGAACUCAACA